AUGGGAGUCAUAAUUACAUCAUGCUGCGAGAAGCAGUUUUCUCCUCCAGAACGCAAACACGAAAUCGAAACAUCCUAUGUCAGAACGGAAUCAGCUCGCAGGAUACUUUCAUUCAAAGAUUUCAAAGGCUUCAAGAAAGUCCACGAUAUAGGUGACUAUUAUAAGUUUGGGUAGAGAUUAGGACAAGGAUCAUUUGGGGAGGUGCUGAAAGCAGAGCAUAAAAAAGCAGCAGUCACUUGUGCAGUCAAGAUCAUAAAAAAGUAAAAGAUCUAGGAACACCAAAUACUAAUUGAUCUAAUGCACAAUGAAUUGAAAGUGUUAGAGGAAACAACACACCCACAUAUAAUGAGAAUAUUUGAACUAUUAGAAGACAAUAAUAACUAUUACAUUGUCUCUGAACUACUUAACGGCGGAGAGCUGUAUGAGAGAAUAGUACAGUUGAAGUUCUUUGAUGAGUCAAACGCCGCUGACAUUAAACCGGAGAAUAUACUGUUGGAAAAGAGUGAUUCAAACAGUUUAGACAUUAAAAUUACAGAUUUUGGUUUUGCAUGCUUUUAUGAUCCGAAAGAGGGAUUAAAUGAUGUAUUGGGAAGUCCUCUAUACAUGGCACCUGAGAUUGUGCGUGAAGAGACAUAUGAUGAAAAAGUAGACACUUGGAGUGUAGGAGUGAUCGCUUAUAUCUUACUGUGUGGAAGUCCUCCAUUCAAGGGUAAAACUAAGUCAGAGAUGUUCAAGAGUAUAAUAAAUUCUGAUGUGACAUUUGAUCGUAAAAUAUGGGAAUAAAUAUCUCCUGAGGCCAAAGAUUUCAUUAGCAAGGCUCUAAUAAAAGACAGUAAACUAAGAUAUGAUGCAAAGUAAUUAAUAAGCCAUCAGUGGAUCUAUAAAAAAGUAAAGCAACCAGAUGUAAAUUAAGGGGUCUAGCUAGAUGUUGCAAAUAAUCUUAAGGAAUUCAGGAGUGGUAUUCUUUCCUUCAUCGUGGGAUUAAAGGCAUCAUCAGAGGAAUUAGAGGAACUUAAGAAUUUAUUUAUCAGAUUAGACACAUCGAAGGACGGUACAUUAUCAAUUGAAGAACUCAAGGAAGGUAUGGAGUAAGUAGUUCAAAAGAUUGGCACACAAAAAGCAAUGGAAUAUGAAGACCUAAUGCGCAGUCUUGACAAAGACGGCAAUGGAGUGAUAGAUUAUACCGAAUUUAUAACAGGCGCAAUAGACAAAGUUGCUCUCCUGAACAUAAAAAAUCUACAGGCUGCAUUCAGGAUGAUAGACCAGGAUAACUCAGGCAUGAUUACUAUUGAUGAGUUGAAAGCUGUAUUCGAUACUGGUGGAGAUAAAAAAGAUGAGAGUCUUUGGAUGGAGAUUAUGAGUGAAGUAGAUAAAAAUGGUGAUAAUCAGAUUAGUUUUGAGGAGUUUUAGGAUGUAAUGACUUCUCUUCUGAAGAAAAAGCAUUUAUGA